CCUGUAUCCGAGCAUCCAGACGAGGGUUACCGUAGCGACUGCCGCCUCCAGCUCCAUCCUCAGCAGCAGACGCAGAGAGCCAGAGGGGAGUGAAGGUGAGUUCCUGCAGCGACCCCUGACACAGUGACAAGAUGACGCUGGCAGCCUACAAAGAGAAGGUGAAAGAGCUCCCCCUGGUGUCUCUGUUCUGCUCCUGCUUCAACCCACAGAUCGAGAAGAACACAUACAAAGCAGAGGAUGCGGUGGACCUCGGCUGGUGCAGUAUCAAAGAUGUGGAGGUGAUCGAGCUGAACAAGCGCGCGUCAGGACAGGCCUUUGAGGUGAUCCUGAAGCCCCCCUCCUUCGACGGGGCCCCCGAACUCAACACCUCCAUGCCCCAGCGCAGAGACCCCUCCCUUGAGGAAAUUCAGAAGAAACUGGAGGCUGCUGAGGAGAGAAGGAGGAUCCAAGAGGCGGAGCUGAGGAAACAUUUGGCAGAAAAGAGGGAGCACGAGCGUGAGGUGAUCCAGAAGGCCUUCGAGGAGAACAACAACUUCAUCAAGCACGCCAAGGAGAAGCUAGAGCAGAAGAUGGAGGCCAACAAGGAGAACCGCGAGGCUCUGCUGGCGGCCAUGUUGGAGAGGCUGCAGGAGAAGGACAAACACGCAGAGGAAGUGAGGAAGAACAAGGAGCUGAAAGAGGAGGCCUGUCGGUAGACCUGAGGAGAGAGAGACAGACGACAGGAGCGAAACAAAAGGGGAGGGCCCGGGGAUUCAUUCAAAAAGAAAAUCCAAAACAGUCAUGACAAAAAAAAAACAACAAAAAAAAUCAAGAAUUUUUGAUAUUUGAUGUAUGUUAAUGAGUAAGCUGUACAAAACUACGCCAAAAAUGUGUGUUUUUAAAGGAUGAGGGAGGGUGCUCUUUCAUGCUUUUGUUUGGCAAGGGAAAAAAUGCUGGAAAAAAUUGUACUAAAAUUGUAAAAGAAAUCACAAUGAAUGUUAAUAUUUUAGACAGUUCGUGUUUGCCAGUGAUCAGAUGUGUUCAGAACAAAAGUGUAAGGUUGAUAAUGAUUUUAUUUUCCAACAAAAAAUCCACUGAGGAUUUAAUUUAAAAAAACAUAAAAACAAAACAAAAAAAACAGAAUUCCCUUAGUGGCAUUGACAAAAAAAACUUCUGAAUCCAUCAAAUUAUUUUUAUCAUACUUACUUGCCUCAAUCAGUUUGUGUCAAAUCAUUGUGAAAUUUCUUCACAAUUGAAAUGACAAUAAAACAAAGUCAUAGAGUCAAGAGUCAUAUAAUGCAAUGGACAAUUGGCCUUGUUAGUAUUGAAACGUAUUGAAACUUAAAACCAUAGAGACGAUCAUGUGCAUCUCUUCCUACAGUUUGACUCAUAUUACACAGGAAGUCUGACUUGUAAACGCAUUUUAUGAAUCAUCAUUAACUACUUUGAGUCUGUUAAAGGUGCUCUAUGUAACUUGGCAUCUGACACCUGCCUGUCUCCAUGGAGAUCGACAGUUUGGCAUUAAACAAGUUGUUGUCUUUGCUCAGUUUUUAUUGCUCAAAAAAUACCUUGAAAAGCACGUAUUCUCACUGUGAGCUGGGUCUUCUCUGAACAGAUAUGAACCGUAAUUUGGCCGGGGUGCACCGCUUUUUAAUGUCGUACUGUGGAACAUUCCAGGUUAAGCAAAUACAUCUCAAUGGAGACGAGGAGGCUUCACGAGAAAAGUUACAUCCUGUACCUUUAGCAAACUUUAGUCUUUAGUUUCACAAGCACUAAUUUCUUUGUAUCUAUCUGAUCCUUAUAUAAUUUAUGUGAACUUUAAACUCUCGCACUCUUGCACUGUUUCUUUUGUUUUGUUGUAUCUUGACGAAUUGUAUUUUGUGUUUUAUUAAUCAGUUAACGACACAAGAAAAUGCAAGAAAGCUUAUGGAGUUUUUUGGGGUUUUUUUGCACAAAUGUACUGCUUCAUUCUGUUGUUUCCGGGGUAGCCUGGCUCUGAAGGACUUUAGACCGUAAGUGUAGGUGUCAAAUAGUGGCAUGUUUAGGAUUUUAGGGCACGGUUUGCACUCUUUUUGUCACUAAGCACAAGUCAUAAGCACAUAUGCAAACACUGAAGGCAGACACAAAAUCCUGAACGUUCAGAAUAUCCAUGGGGCUUUUAGGAGUGAUGGAAAAUUAGCAUCCUAGUUAUAGCAACGAACUAGAAUAUUACAUCAUUUGAUCGGUAAAAAGUACUCAAAAUGGCGCCUAUAACCUGGACGGUGAAACUGGGACAGCUCCUCUGCUUUGGCAUGUGACUGUGAUUGUAUGAUUUCUAAUAGUGAAAGGUUGGCUGAGUCAUACUGACUUUAGGAGCCGUGUAUGGAGGAUUUUUGUGGGUUUAAUAUAACGCUCUGUCUGUAUCUGCUGUUUGUCUAAAGGCGAUUGACUGUAAUUGUUUUGGCAUGGUCAGUAAAAGCAACUUGAUUCAA